CAGCAGAGUCCCAAGAGACAGAAGAACCUUCUGAGCUUGAGCUGUCAGCAGAGAUCAUGAGGAAGAGCCGGAGCGUUUUAGCAGUGACACCUAGUGAUGACAGCAAGGACCUCUCAGGAUGGCCGUCUUCAGGAGCUACGUUGGGUGUGGAUCUCUGGCGAGGCCCCAGACGCCACUCAGGAACACUUGUGUUGCCACCGUUGUCAUGGAGACAGGCAGAGAGGGCCCGCAGUCCUCAAGAUCACGUUUCCAGACCCACGUCACUGGGGUUCAUUACUCCACCACGUAUAGAUAUCACACCAGUACCGCCUGAUAGUUUGGAGGUGGAGAAUGGCCUCUCUAUCGGCUGCAGUCCACUGGACCAGCAGGUGUCACCGUGCUCCGGUUUGGUCCUUCAUCCCAACAUGGCCAGUCACGGUCAACGGCGGGAAUCUUUCCUGUAUCGCUCGGACAGCGACUAUGACCUCUCGCCCAAAUCCACCUCUCGAAACUCCUCCCUUGUUGGAGAACAGCUACACAGUGAAGACCUGAUAGUCACUCCUUUUGCUCAGGUGCUUGCAAGUCUUCGCACUAUUAGGAAUAAUUUCAGCAUCCUGACAAAUGUCCAGUGCCCCUCCAGCAAAAGAUCACCAGUCAGCAGUCAGCCGCCGGUGACCAAAGCCAACCUGUCAGAUGAAUCCUACCAGAAGAUGGCCGUGGAGACCAUGGAGGAGCUAGACUGGUGCCUGGACCAGCUGGAGACCAUCCAGACGUACCGCUCCGUCAGUGACAUGGCCUCCAACAAGUUCAAGAGGAUGUUGAAUCGGGAACUGACACAUCUGUCUGAGAUGAGCCGCUCUGGAAACCAGGUGUCCGAGUUCAUCUCCAACACAUUCUUAGAUAAACAGAAUGAACUGGAGAUCCCAUCGCCCACUCCAAAAUCGCGGGACAGAAAGAGGAGGCAGCAGCAGCUGAUGACUCAGAUCAGCGGGGUGAGGAAGGUCACGCACGGCCCGGGUCUCUCCAGCAGCUGCAGUACGGCCCGCUUCGGCGUCAAAACUGAUUCGGAGGACUUGCUCUCAAAGGACCUGGAGGACAUUAACAAGUGGGGUCUGAACAUCUUUAAAGUUUCAGAGCACUCUCACCAUCGGCCACUGACCUGCAUAAUGUAUGCCAUCUUUCAGGAGAGAGAUUUAAUGAAGACAUUUAGGAUCCCAGUGGAUACCUUUGUAAUGUACAUGAUGACCCUAGAAGAUCACUACCACGCAGACGUAGCCUAUCACAACAGUCUACACGCAGCGGACGUGGCCCAGUCCACACACAUCCUGCUGUCCACACCUGCACUGGAUGCAGUAUUUACAGACCUGGAGAUCCUUGCCGCUAUCUUUGCAGCAGCCAUCCAUGACGUGGACCACCCAGGGGUCUCAAACCAGUUCCUAAUUAAUACCAACUCCGAGCUGGCGCUAAUGUACAAUGAUGAGUCUGUUCUGGAGAACCACCACCUAGCGGUUGGUUUCAAGCUCUUGCAAGGGGAAAACUGUGAUAUCUUCCAAAACCUCUCCAAGAAGCAGCGACAGACUCUCAGGAAAAUGGUCAUUGAUCUGGUACUAGCAACAGACAUGUCCAAGCACAUGAGUUUACUGGCUGACUUGAAGACAAUGGUUGAGACCAAGAAGGUGACCAGUUCAGGAGUGUUGCUUCUUGACAACUAUACGGACAGAAUACAGGUCUUACGAAAUAUGGUUCACUGUGCCGAUCUCAGCAAUCCCACCAAGCCAUUAGAUCUGUACCGGCAAUGGACGGACCGCAUUAUGGAAGAGUUCUUUCACCAGGGUGACCGAGAGAGAGAGCGAGGCAUGGAGAUCAGCCCGAUGUGUGACAAACACACCGCUUCAGUGGAGAAGUCUCAGGUUGGUUUUAUUGAUUACAUCGUGCAUCCUCUAUGGGAGACCUGGGCGGACCUGGUGCAUCCAGAUGCGCAGGAUAUCUUGGACACUUUAGAAGAGAACAGGAACUGGUACCACAGCAUGAUACCACAGAGUCCUUCCCCGCCCUUCUUUGAAACGGGAACUGAUGGUGGAGACAAGUUUCAGUUCGAGUUGGAGGUUGAUGAAGCAGCCAAGCAGGAUACCGAAACAGACUGUUUAGAGAUACUGACACAUUCGCCUUCGUCCGUCGAGACGUAGCACCUCACUACAAUGGCAUGUUGGCCAUAUUUGAUGACCGAGCAAAGUGGAGGAACAUUAUUCUCCUGCUACCUGAGAAUCCCUUAGAAUACCACUGUGUUUUGGGACCCUGCUGUUGUUUCAGAGCCCAAAAAGGGAGUGAGCCUACACAAUCUAGUUGGAAUUUGCAAGAAUCUAUUCAAGUUGGACAUUGCCAGAACGGAUAGACGGGCAGGCGUACCGAAAGAACCAUGAGCUGGAUUUUCUUAAUCAGACAUUACAGUCUGAUCCAAAUGUUGGAGUGGAUUUCUGUGAAGGAGAAAUACUGACCCUCUUAGAAGAGGGGUUUGUACUUUUUUGUAAAAAAAAAUAAUAAUAAUAAUUUUUUGUACUUGUGUGUUUUGUGACUUUUUUUUUGUUGUUGUUGGUGUCACAUCCAACUACACUUUUGAAAACAUGAGAAAUGUUGUCGUGCUGAAAGCAAAAGCAUGUGAUUCCCAGUGGUGUAUUGGGAAUGCAGUCUUCCUGAACUCUAGACAACAGAACAAUCUUGUUCUUGUGCCUGCAAACUUUAUUCAAGUAAUACAAAACCUUUAUACUUUGUAAUGAACAGUUUCUCUUUUAAAAGGCGUUAUUAUAAAGCGAUUUUUCUGAUACAAUUAAUGUGACAUUUUAUGUUUUAUCAACUAAAAACACGAUCCAAAGAGUCCAGCAUUUUAGUAGUUACUCUGAAAGGGGUUAUCGGAUGCUGCAUUUACUUCUACAAGUAGUUUGAACUAAAAUGUGUUUUGGCAGUGUUUGUAUCUAACCACCCUAUAAUGAUAAAAAUCUCAUUAAAAAAUUUCCCUUUCUUAAAUCAAGCCAAUCUCAGAUGCCUGUCUGUGUGACUUCACAAAAACAGGCUCCUCCCACCAUAGUUUGAUUGGCAGUAGUGUUUCAGCACAGACUGGACUCGUGUCAUACCUUAGUCCCGCCCUGAAUGACUUUCAUCAGUCCACCAUUGUUGGACUGACAAUUCAACCUGAGCUGCUGAAGACGCAGUGGAUUACCUUUGUUUUUGAAGGUAAUGUGCCCCUGAUCAACUUAAAUGCAUCUAUAUCCAUGCAAAUCAUUGGUGAUCAGGUGUGUACAAGUGAGUAUAAGGUUUUUUAAUGAAUCUUUACAAAUUGCCUUUCCUAAUAAUGUGCUAAUUAGAUAGUUUCAUAAUGGAUGAGGCAAAAGUAAACAGUCCCUCAGAGAGUGGCUCAGAAGAGAGGGGCGGAGUCAGCACAGCUCAUUAACAUUUAAAGGAAAAUGCUAUAAAACAGCUUUCUCUGAAAAGAGCUGUUUUUGACAGGGUAAAAGGGUGUUGUCUUACACUACCAUUAAGAAAUUUUAACCAAACUAUGUUACAGACAUUUCAUUAAGACCCUAAAGAAUCAUAUCAACUUGUGUAAAAUGGGCAUCCGAUGACCCUGUUAAAGGAAUGUUCUGGGGUGAAUACAAAUUAAGCUCUCGCAACUGUAUUUGAGACGAUUAUGUUGAUUACCAACAGAAAAUUGUUUUUUGUUUUUUUUUUUGUUUUUUUUUACUUCUAUUAUAAGAGCCAUUAUAAGUACAGUAAGGAGCUACUAUUGUAAGUCCCUCAUUGUAUCUGUGAUGCUGUCGAUCAAGCUGCACUAUUAAACCCAGAUUAUUUCUUUGAACCACUUUAAUAUGGGAAACAAACAUCCCAACACUCAAUAGCGAUAUUAAACCAAUUUAUUUUGGUUGUUCUUAUAUACUAUCUAUUUAAAAUGACCUCUGAGUCUGUAAAUGUCAUUAAGAUACAUUUAUAACAAAGCAACAAAAAUUAAAAAUUGAAACUUAAAGCCCUA